CUGAAACACUAGAAGCUUUUCUCUCUCCCUCGUUCUGGCGGAGUCGCUGAUAGGGUUUUUGGAGGGUCUGCCAUUGUUGCUUCUUCUUCGAGCUAUACAGCGCUAUGCCUCGGUAUUAUUGUGACUAUUGCGAUACAUAUCUGACACAUGAUUCUCCAUCUGUGAGGAAGCAGCAUAAUGCAGGCUACAAACAUAAGGCAAACGUGCGAUCAUACUAUCAGCAAUUUGAGGAGCAACAAACCCAAAGUUUAAUUGACCAGAGGAUCAAAGAACAUCUUGGUCAAGCCGCAGCAUUCCAUCAGGUUGGUGCAGCCUAUAAUCAGCAUUUACUUGGCCAACGACCUCGUCUUCCUGUAUUACCUACUCCUGUAAUGCCGGGAGCUGCCCCGGGGUUAUUGCCUGGAAUUAGGCCUCCAGUUUUGCCAAGACCAACUCCUGGUGCUCCAGGAUAUCUACCUGCUCCUACAAUGCCACCUAUGAUGGCUCCGCCCGGUGCUCCUAUGCCUGGCCAAGUGAAUAUGCUUGCCAGGCCGCCGCCUCCUCCAGCACCAAUUCCAGGGAGCACACCUCAACCUUCUUCAGCCAAUGGCGCACCUUCAGCUGCUGCACCAUUGAUGUAUCAAGCAAAUCCAGCAGCACCAGGAAGUGGUGGUUAUGAUAGCUUCACCACCACCGCUCAACCUUCUGAGUCUAACCAUUAGAGCUUCUAAUAUCUGUGCUAUAUGUGUAUGAUAUCCAAAUCUCUUCUAGUGCAAAUUUAGACUCAACAAUUCUUAACAUAUCUGAAGAAAAAUUUGGAGCCUUGAGAUUUAAUGUAGAAAAGUUCUCUGAGGAAGUGUGGAAAGGGAAUAUUUUUGGUGGUUGAUUCCUUGCUACUUGUUUGGUGGUAGAAUAAAGAAUGUGAUUAUAGGGUUAAAUGGGCAA